AGUGUUCGAAUCCUCGCAGCCGCGCGUCGUAUCGUUCCCUCUCGCUCUGUUCGCGUUGCGCGCGCAUUAUCGACGUUGAGCGAGCAAGAGGGGAGCAAGUCGGAGCUCGUGAUCGUGUCAGGAAGCGAGGCCGUGCGAAUCCGAAGGAGCCAGUCCACGUUACGGAUCUCCGCAACAUGGAGAGAGAACCGAUAAAUCUGGGUAACGAAGAACACCCGGAGAACCCGGCCAGCCAAGCUAACCCGGAGAACCCGGGAGUCCCGGAGAAUCCAGGACGUUCAGGAAUUCCAGGGGUCGGCGGGUCCAUGACGGCGAAUGGAGAGGACACUCAAAUGAAAGAGGAAAGUCAGCAGUCUCAUCAGGAGGAAGAUGCGUCGGAUUCGGAUCAGGAUGACGACAGUGCGGAGGAGUUAUACCAACAGCCACCUCAGAGUAACACGCAGCCUUCGCUGGACGCUGUAUCGUUGCAUGCCGGCAACCAUCUAAUAUCGAAUCCCACCACACUGGCGCAAUUCCAGAGCCUGCUGACCUCUAACCCGCAUCUUCUAAAGAUUAAAAUGGAGAAUGAAGCUGAAAUGCUAGAAAACAGGAGUGGGCUGGACGCUCUGCAACGUGUGUUUAACGAAGCUGCGUUGAACAACGGUGCCAUGCCUCACUUCGGCAAUAUAAACCCAUUCGGCUUCUCACACGCGUUCUUGACGCAACAGUCGCUGCAUAACAAUCACGCGCAACUAGGAAAUUUCGGAAACGUGUCCGGCAGUCGCAUAGUCUCGCCUGUCAACACCCGCCACAGCGAUUCUCCGAUGGGUAGCAGCCCGGGCAGCGCCGAGGUUCGCGAGACUAACAACAAUAAUAACAGCAACAACAACAACAACCAUAGAGAACCGCAGAAUAUGCGUAUGGAAUGCAGCAACACCGUGCAGAACAGUGGAACGAGCCAUCAGCCGGGACCGAGCCAGCAGUCGGGACCGAGUCAUCCGCCAGGACCAAGUCCCUUGCCAGGAUCAAAUCCAUCUCAGCAGACGAGCUGGAGUUUUGAAGAUCAGUUCAAACAGCUUUACGAGCUCUCUGACGAACCUCAGCGCAAGGAAUUCCUCGACGACCUCUUUUCCUUCAUGCAGGCUCGAGGACAACCGAUCAAUCGUUUACCCAUCAUGGCCAAGUCCGUAUUGGAUCUGUACGAGCUCUACAACCUGGUAAUCCAACGAGGCGGCCUCGUCGAGGUAAUCAACAAGAAGCUCUGGCAGGAAAUCAUCAAGGGUCUCCGCCUGCCAUCGAGCAUCACUUCCGCCGCGUUCACUCUGCGCACUCAAUAUAGGAAGUAUCUGUACGACUACGAAUGCUCCAAGGAACAUUUGUCCACUCCGGAAGAACUCCAAGUAGCCAUCGACGGGAACCGUCGCGAGGGUCGUAGAAGCAGUUAUAGCACUUAUACAGGUAACGGCGGCGGUGAAAACUCGGUGGUACCUCGCGCGCAGCACAUUACGAAUCAGUUGGGACUGACGGCACCGCAAAUCACGCUUCCACUGAUAGCUACGGCAGGACAUCACAACAUGCUGAAUGGGAGCGCCGGCCACAAUCCGCUAUCGCAUCUUCACAUGCCGCCCCAAGGAAAUUCUCUCGGCCAAGGAAACAGCAGGUCGCGGCAGUUAUCCUCGCCCCCACGGAAUCAACCACGGUCUCCGGUGCUAGGAAGAACCCGGUCGCCGGGUCUACUGAGAUCCCGUUCACCGAUCCCGAUACGCCGACAUUCGCCGGUACGAAGAUCAGGCAGUCCGGAACCGCAAGCUUUGGAUCUGGUUCGAUCACCGGGACGUUCUCCUGCUAUACGAAGCCCGCCAACCUUGCCGGGCGGCAUCAUCCACAUGGGUAGGAACCAGCAGUUGUCGGCAGUGCCAAGCCAUUCUUCUGCAACGAGAACCCAGGAUGAAGAAAAUGCACACAACAAUUAUAUCACGAUCAACUGCCAAUCCACGCGAAGAAAUAGUCUUGGUUCUCUAUCCAUUUGCGCGACUUUCGGCGGUAUUGUCUACGAGGGAGUCCUGUUACCUCGAGACGACAAUGAACCGUCGUCACAGAGAGCGACGCCCGAAAACACCCAGUGAAGAGCGUCGCCAAGCUCCUCCCGUACGACACAAUAACAUUGCGCAAACAAAACAGAGGUGUCAUACGGGACCGUACUCAUUUCCCGAAAUUCAAUAGAACAAGUCUGUCGUUAGUCAGAUUUUUUCACAGACAAAAACUUGCGAAUUAAAACUUGCAAAAAGAAGCAACAAGAAAAUAGACCGGCACUAUCCAGAUGAUAAUAAUAAGCUGCUACAUUAUAGAUGUAUAUAUUUGUAAUUUCAUUUUUAUUUUAUGGAGAUUAGUAAAGACUAUUAAUUUAAAGAUCAAUAAAGACUAUUAGUUUAAAGAUUAAUAAAGACUAUUAAUUUAAAGACUAGUAAAGAAGUAUUAAGGACUUUCUCCAAGUUGUCUGCAAUUGGUCUUUUCAAUUUUGAUAAGUUUUUACCUGUGAAAGUGCACUGCUGUUGACAGCAGAACGAAACGGCUUGAUUCUGUGGGAGAUGACUUGUAAAUACUUAUGUAUAAUAUUGAAUUACUAUAUUGUGAUACUAGGUAUUUGACAAGUUGUUGUAUUCAAAAAAACCAAAUGUGAUAGUAAACAGAUAAUAAUAUAUGGAUCUACUUUAGAUAUAUGUUGUAAUAUUCAGAGAUCCAGUUAACAUCGAUUACUUACUAAGCACUUGAUUUUUUUGAAUACAAUGUAUGAUAUCAGUGAUAAAUAGUAUAAUAAAAAAAAAUAUAUGUAAGUGCUUAUUUCUUAAUAUACAUAUACAUAUAAUACAUAUACACACACACACACACAUAUAUAUGUGUAUGUGUAUAUGUAUAUAUAUACAUUCAUCUAUAUUGUACGCCCAUAUAUAUUGAGAAACAUGGAUAUUGACGUAAUUUACACAAAACAUACAUAUUAUCAUAUUCUCGCAAUAAUUCAAAAUAUAACAGAGUUAAUUCAAUAAAGUAGGAACACAUUCUGGUCGCACAUUUUAUGGAUGUUGAAUGCUGCCAGUCUGCCAUCAUAAUUUAAAACAGAUUUCGUUAAAUUUUUCUUGACAUUUUCUCAAUCCACAUGUGUAUAUAAUUUGUAUAUAUUGUUAAACAUUUUGUUCAUAAAUAAAAUACCAUAUGUAGCAUUUGCUAAGAUCAUACUCUGUUUAUUAUCAAAUAUAUAUAGACGUAAUAAAAGACUGUUAUGUAAAAUAGCUUAGGACUAACUUCUUGUUAACAUUAUAAAUAAUAAUAAUUAUUCAUGCAUGUCAUUGAUUGAAAUAUAUGGAUAAUAUUAAUAAUUAUUAAAUUAUAAAUGAUAUUAUUCAUAAUAAUAUCAAUAUGAUUGAUGUAAUGAUUAUUACGGGGUCGAUCGUAUUAUAUAUGAGGAACGUCGUUGUACAUACAAUUAUCAUACAGACAGCGCAAUCUCCAAGGGAUAUUCUAAAGUCUACGUCGAGAACAUUAUAUGUUCAAAGAACGUUUCUAGAUAGUUUCCAUGAUGUUUCUUGAAGAUUUGUGCUGUCUGGACACACAUGCAUACAAAUUGAUCACUGUACAUAAUCAUACACUUUAUCAUCCAGUUACUAUAAAAUUAAUAAGAAGUUAGUAUUAUAUAACUAUUAUUAUAAUUAUUAUUACAUCAUACUUUUAACGCGCACGCGCGCGAAUACAAAACGUAGCAGGUAUAAUAACUUAAUCAAAAUAAUCUAAUUUUUAUUUUGCAUGCAUCGAGAAUACAAGUUAGUUCUUUCCUUUAAUUUUUUUAUUCGUUUCUUUUAUGAAAUUUAUGAUAUUCGAUUAUAGUAUUUACACAAUGGACUACUCUUCGUGUUUUCACUUUUUGAUAUGAACAAAUAACAAAACGACAUGAGAUUUAUGACGAUAUUAACAACCACUUUAAGAAAAAACAUGACAUAACUUUAUUAAAUAUGCUGAAACUUACUAAAUAAUUGUUUCUCUCACAUAUACAGAUAUUUUUAACGUAUUUGAUUAUAAUUGUUAUUAUUGUUAUUAUUGAACAUCGCGAGAGAACGUAAACGAAAAUAACAGUCCCACUUUACUGUUUAUUCUCGAUCAUGCGGUUUCUAUAUAUAUAUAUAUAUAUAUAUAUAUAUAUAUAUAUAUAUAUAAUAUGUGUGUAUAUAUAUAUAUAUAUAUAUAUAUAUAUAUAUGACAAUAUAUUUUAAUGUAUAAAUCUUAUAUAUGCUUAUAUAAGUAUCUCUUAGUUUAACUUAGAUUAACUUAGAUUAAGUAUGAGCUAUAAGAGAUUAAGUUUUCUAUUUUGUGUGUAACGUAGUGUGUAAGCUCGUAAAGUUAGUGCAGGCCUGACAAAGUCUAUCGAGGCACCGCCUCGUUCCCCGCUUCAUAUUGCGGGAUCCGUGUAUCAUACGCAUGUACACGAAACGCGUGGUACCGUCUUAGCUUUUUUUCUGUUUCAUUCGGCAAAAGACACGACGGGUAUAGGCUCGUGAAAACUUGAACAGGUCUGCUUUACUGUAAUAGAAUUAUAAAUAAAUACAUGAAGACUGUGUACUAAUCAUAAAUAUAUCAUACGAUUACAUCAA